AUUUACUCAGUGUAUGUGUGGAUGGGGAGAAAGGAUGCCCACCAAGUCAAUAUUCAGACAGCCUGGAGCAAAGCAUUUCCAGCUUGUCCAUAGAUCACAAAGAGAUCCUCUUAUUAAUGAUCCAGACGCGAGUCAGCACGUGCUAAAGGAGGUUGUACGAGGCAAUGACAGAAAGGGGAAAACGCGCGCAGAGUUGGAAUCUGCCCUAGAUCCAAAAGACAUCGCGCAUGACGCCCGUCUAAACGUCGGCGAAGCGGCGCUAUAUGGUGUCUACUUUGAUGACGUCGAAUAUGAUUACAUGCAGCAUCUCCGCUCUGUGGGGACCGAGGAGGAAGGUGUAGAGAGCUUUCUUAUCGAGGCUCCGCAUGAUAUAUUAUUUAACGACCUUCCACCGGAGGCGCUUCCUUCGAGGCAUGAGAUGCCCCAUCAAUUCGAGUCACAGCAAGCUAUUCCCGACUCGAUUUCCGGUUUCCAGCCUGAUAUGGACCCACAUCUUCGACAAACCUUAGAAGCCCUUGAAGACGAUGCUUUUGUGGACGAUUCUCUAGAAGAUGACUUCUUCGGAAAUUUGGUCGCCGGAGGGGAAAGGGGCGAAGAAGAAGUUAAUUAUGAAUUCAAGGAAGAUGGAGAGCCGUCAGACACAGAACGUGACCAAGAUGGUGACGAGGAAGCUGGGGGUUGGGAGGAAAGAUUUGCAAAAUUCCAGAAAGAACAGAAGAGAGCCCCUCCAAGUGAUUGUGACGAGGAGCUCGACUCCGAGGGCGGCGACACGGUUGGUAACCUUCCAAAGUUGCGUGUCGUUGGGGGUAAGCAGAGACGAAAAGGAUCCUCCGUAGCAUCGGGGUACAGUAUGAGCAGCUCAUCGAUGUACCGCACAGAGGCACUACUUACGCUGGACGAGCGUUUUGAUCAGCUCAUGUCGAAUGAGUAUGGUUCAGACGGGGAUAAAGUAGAGGACGAAGCAUCGCCUGAUCUAUCCGACUGCGACGAAGCGCCCGAGCUCAUUACGAGUCGCGAGGACUUCGCUGCCAUGGUUGAUGACUUCGUGGAGAAUUACGAACUACUGGGGCGGAAGCUAAAACCUGUUCUUCCUGGAGAUUCUGCUGUCGACAAACUCGAUACUCUUCGGCGGGCAAUAGGUCAGGACGGGGCUGUGAGAAUAUCGGUAGUGGAAAACGACAGUGACGAGGAAGAUGACGAGAAAUUGUUUGCAUCGUACCAUGCUAACGAGAAGGAAAGCCGAUGGGAUUGCGAAACUAUACUUACGAGUUACACUAAUCUCGAGAACCACCCAAAAAUCAUCCGUGCCAGGACAUCUAAACCUGUUCCAAAAAUCAAACUUGAUCAUCGUACCGGUCUUCCCAGUGCAGACACGAACGCUCUGGAGGAACAGGAUAAGGUAAUUCUACAAGUUCCCAAGCAAACAGUUACCCGACCGCGCGACGAGUCCAAGGAAGACAAAAAGGCUCGGAAGCAAGCCGUCAAGGCUGAGCGCCAGACCAAGCGUGUUGAAAAAAAGCAGACGAGAGAGCGAUAUAAUGCUGAGCUUAAGCACCAGUCUCAAGCACUGUCCCAGAAGACCGAGGACAGCAGGACAAGAAAGUUGUAGGGUAAAUCAGGGGCUAUAUGACUGCAUAAAGGUUCUCGGGAGAUGCCGAUAUGGCACAGCGCGUAUUACCUAAGUAUGGAAGCAGUGAUAACCAAGCUGUCAAGCUCCUGA